UUGCGAUUAUGCGACAUCUAGCGACACGUCCGAGAAAGCCCUGAGAUAUAUAACCACCAUCGGGAAGACACACAUUCAUGUGCUACGUUGUUAAGACCCAAGUAUAAUGAUGCACUUUAGUGAUAUUUCUUCGAAUUGUUAGUCGAAUUUUACGAGGCGAAAUGAUAAGAUGGUAUAUUUAUUUUUUAUAUUUUCCCAAGAGUAAUUAAUUGUUUUUAUGUUGGCUAUCCUGAUUUCUUUUGUCAAUGCGCUUGUCAUAUGUUUCUUCGGCCAUUCAUCGGGAGGGUCUCGCCAGGGUCUCGCGUUGCGGGGUCUGUGUGGUUAUCUAUGCGAUAGGGAAGAUCUUGCAUGGUAUAUCGUUUCUCAAAGCCAAAAGAAUUGUAGUAGGAUAAAAUGGGUUUUGUGAAAGUGGUAAAAAAUAAGCAAUAUUUUAAGAGAUAUCAAGUUAAGUUUAAAAGGCGUCGUGAAGGAAAAACCGAUUAUUAUGCCCGUGUGAAAUUGAUUGCCCAAGAUAAGAAUAAGUACAAUACACCGAAGUAUCGUCUGAUUGUGAGAUUUUCAAACAAAGAUAUCACUUGCCAGGUUGCUUAUGCCCGUAUUGAAGGAGAUAAAAUUGUGUGUGCUGCCUACAGUCACGAACUGCCACGGUAUGGAAUUAAAUGUGGCUUGACAAAUUAUGCUUCUGCAUACUGUACGGGACUACUACUAGCCAGAAGGCUUUUAAAGAAGUUGAGAUUAGACCGACUAUAUGAAGGUUCCACUGAAGUCACUGGAGAAGAAUACAAUGUAGAACCAUUGGAGAAAGGCCCUGGUGCCUUCCGUUGUAAUCUGGAUGUGGGUUUGAUGCGAACCACAACUGGGGCUCGUGUCUUUGGAGCAAUGAAAGGUGCUGUUGAUGGUGGUCUCAACAUCCCUCACAGCACCAAGCGUUUCCCUGGUUAUGAUGCUGAAAGCAAAGAAUUCAAUGCUGAGGUUCAUCGUAAACAUAUUUUUGGCCAACAUGUUGCCGAAUAUAUGAAAGAACUGGCGAAGGAGGAUGAAGAAGCUUAUAAACGCCAAUUUUCAAAAUACAUUAAAGCGGGGAUCGAUCCUGAUACAAUUGAAGACUUGUACAAGAAGGCACAUGCUCAAAUCAGAGCUGAUCCAGUUCAUAAACCCAAGGAGAAGGAUCAAUCGAAGAUCGUCAAAAAGCGAUGGAAUCGUGCUAAAUUGUCUCUUGCUGAACGUAAGAGCAGAGUUGCACAGAAGAAAGCAUCAUAUUUGAAGAAAAUUGAAGCUGGAGAGAUUGCAUAAAUUUUGUAAUGUUUGAUUAAAUGGAUAAGGAGAAAAUAAAAAAUUAUUACUGAGGAAUU